ACGUUGGUUAAUGACGUAGACGUCUAAAUACACCGCACCUACCAAUGUACGGCCUUUUAGGAGCAAACCCGGUAAAGAACAAGGCGGGGGCACAGCUAUCUUUCUGCUGAGAUCUUGUCAAUCAGAUAAAAUGAUCAUCUACAAGGACAUAAUCUCUGGGGAUGAAAUGUUCUCAGACAUUUACAAGAUCACAGAAUCGCAAAAUGGAAUUUUGUAUGAAGUAGAGGGAAAGAUGAUCAGCAGGACGGAGGGCAUCGAUGACAGUCUGCUCGGGGCUAACGCAUCGGCGGAGGUGCAGGAUGACGGCUGUGAGAGCAGCACGGUCAGCGGGGUGGACAUCAUCCUGAACCACAAGCUGCAGGAGACCCCCUUCGAUAAGAACUCCUACAAGGCCUACAUCAAGGAGUACAUGAAGGCAAUCAAGUCCAAGCUGGAUGAGACCAACCCCGAGAGAGUCAAGCCCUUCAUGACGGGAGCUCAAGAAGAGGUGAAGAACAUCAUGGGCAACAUCAAGAACUACCAGUUCUUUACAGGGGAGUCGAUGAACCCUGACGGUAUGAUAGGCCUGCUGGAUUACCGUGAAGAUGGCACCACCCCCUAUAUGAUCUUCUUCAAAGACGGCCUUGAUAUUGAGAAAUGCUAACAUCCUGAGGACCGCUGAUUUUCUAUUGGAGGAUUCUUCUAGAUUCCGGACCGACCAGACCACUCUUUUACACGAUGUUUGCAAUGCAAGUUUAUUUUCAAUUACUUAUUUAAUUGGUCCUUCAUGUCAGCGCUGACUUAUUAAACCCACUGUCUGUAUUACUGAUUAAAUGAUUGAUUAUGGUA